CGGCGAGUGCACGUUAAAUCUCAGUUUAUGUUUGUGGUGGUGCGCGCCACGACAUCAGCAACGUCUGUUGCCGUGCAGAAUGAGCAGGUGGCAUUGAAGCGGCCUGGCUUUCAGCCUGGGAGCGGGCCAAGAUGAGCGGGAAGAGCUUGCUGUUGAAGGUGAUUCUACUGGGGGACGGUGGGGUGGGGAAGAGUUCCCUAAUGAAUCGCUACGUGACGGACCGUUUCGACUCGCAGUCCUUCCACACCAUAGGCGUAGAGUUCCUCAACCGUGACCUCGAAGUGGACGGCCGCCUGGUCACCCUGCAGAUCUGGGACACGGCUGGGCAGGAGCGCUUCAAGAGCCUGCGCACGCCCUUCUACAGGGGCGCAGACUGCUGCCUGCUCACCUUUGCAGUGGAUGACCUGCAGAGCUUCCACAACCUGGGCUGCUGGAAGAAGGAAUUCAUGUACUACUCGGACGUGCGGGACCCAGAGCGCUUCCCCUUUGUGGUGCUCGGCAACAAGGUGGACAAAGCGUCAGAGCGGGAGGUGGGUGAGGAGGAGGCGCGGGCGUGGUGCCAGGAGAACGGGGGCUGCCCCUACUUUGAGACCAGCGCGAAGGACGACACCAAUGUGGGGGCGGCUUUCGAGGCUGCCGUGCGUGAAGUGCUGGCGGGCGAGGACCAACUGGACCAUGCGCUGCUGAGCAGUGCCAUCGAUCUCCAUGGCAAUCGCAAGGCCCCCCGCUCCUCCUGCUGCUGAGCUCCAAACACCCCAUCACACCUAUAACCAGCCCCCCUCCCCUUCUCACCCACGCUGCCACAAUUGUCCCUGCAGAUUACCGAGUCCCAAUGUUAUGUGGCAGUAGUACAGGUACUAAGCCCUGCUUCAGGAACUUACUCUGAGAGUCUUGAGAGAUUUUAAUAAUGGGUACAGUAUUAUUACUCCCAGUUUUUUCCACCAUCAUAGCCCCACAUUCCCUCCAACUCUGCCUGCUUUUUACAUGAGCUCUUUGCCUCUGGGGUGGGGGUUAAUUAAGGCACUGCUAACCUUCGGUCUGAGGUACAGUCUCAUCUAUAACUGCCUUCUUGCACCCUGGCCUGCGGCACAGUAGAUUCGUACUUCGAUUAGCCCCGGAAACAAAGGCUCUGGUUUCACAAGGGCUCAGAUGAAUGCAUCAGUCUGCCAAUAUGCCUACUUGUGGCCUAGGGGAGGGUUUCCUCUGAGGGGAAAAACUGCAGGAAUUGGUAAUGCGCAGUUAACGUACGGGUUUGAAUUCCGGUAAGGUUCAGAAGCUACACUGUGCUUUGACCCCCGCAGCAAAAACGUCAAAGUUGUCAUCUGCGGGUGAAUGUGAAUACCCUGACUUUUACUUUUUGCUUGGCUCUUGUACAUUUAGUUUUUUAGUUGGAACAGAAAGGCUAUAAUGACCAAUAAUGGUACAUGCAUUGCUGUGCAAGAGUAAUUGCUGUAAUUUUACAGAUGAAAAGGGAACUUAAUUUUAUUAUUUUUCUAUGCGUUCUAAAUCAACUUCUUUCCCUGUUACAUUUCUAUUUAUGUUUAUUUAAUUGUGAUUACAACGUGGUACUGGGCCUUUUACCUUUUUCUUGAAAUUUACAGCACUUGUUACACCUGUUGUCUUUUAAAAAUUUGUUUUAUUUAAAUAAUUUUUUUGUGAAUUGUGUAAGUGCCCUCCUGUGCCUACAUGGCUCUCUGUCAGUCUGUCUGUCUGUGAUGCCAGGGGUUGCACUUUAGAUUGCAGACAUUCCAGUUUCAUCACUAACCAUUGCUCUUUCCACAAGGCACAACAUUUGUGCCGUUUUAUCACUUGGACCUGUGUGCUCCUACACCGUACCUUGGUCAUUUUGAUUUGUCAUGGCUUUCCUGCGCAUGCCAAAUUACAGAACCUUGGCUGGACAGAUAUAUUGUCUUCGGCAUCCAACUGAUGCAGCGAAAUGUAGCAUACAGUCAUAAAUGAUCUUCAGAGACAUUUUUAUAAUAUUCCAAUCCAUUAACUGUCAGCUUGGCAAAUACCAUACCACACAUAUUUAUCAAACACAUACUUAAUACUCACGUGAGAGCCCUAGCUGAAAAAAGAACAUACAAUUUUGUAAUAUCUAUCCAGAAAUCUGAUCUUGUGAAAAUUGUGAGCAUGUGUUUUUUUGUUUUUGAAUUCAUCUUGCGCUAUGGAAUUGUAGAGCAUUGUCAGCAAAGAUGGACAUUUAGCAGUGUUAAUACAAUAGCACAGAUUUUUUAGAGAUCCGACCGUUGAACCCCCUGAACUACAUAAGAAAUUACGGAUGUUAAACGGCCGUACUAGUAGACCGCUCUUCUAAUCAAAGGUACAAGUAUUGUUUUUAUUAUUGUUAUUGUGUAUUAUUGUUUUAACUCUUAUGCUUUGGCACGACAGUCUACAUGGACUGCUCUUGUUUUUAGGUGAAUUAUGUUUUUUGGCCAACUAUCAUUUCUGGUGGAUGUUCUUGCAGAAGCUACAAAUUCACAUUAACAAGAUUUGUCAUCCCUUUGGCCUUGCACUAGUGCUUGCAUGCAAGUUUUGCCAACAUUAUUGGCCUCUUUCUGGCUUUCUAAUUUAUGGUUCUGUUAACUUGUUACUGUUAAUCUGAUUCAGAAUUCAUAACUUGGAUAAAUGGGUGCAAGUUACUGGCGGGAGGUACAUUGAGCAUGAGAAUGAGGUACCUACAUUUCACUUUGUUUCCUUUGCAGAUAUCGCAGUGCGUACAGAGCUACUAGUCGGUACAAUAUUGAGUGGUUCAUUGGGGGUGGGGUGUUAGCGUAUUUACUGACAGUCACUAUUGGUACAUUCUACUGUAUGGUACAGUGAGGCAUUGAUCUGCUGUUACAAUGUUCACAGGGCUUUCUGUUACACAAGAGUACUUAAUGUUCACUUAGGACCUGUGCUAAAAUGUUAAGUGGGGUCACUCCUGCCUGUUUAUGACAUUUUUAUUUCAGAUUUUUUUAAAUAAGCUCAUUCGUGGUCAAAUUGCACUUGGCUGCCUACCAUAUGCUACGGCUGUAAAUGCCUACGAAUAAUCAGUAGCAUAUAAGUACAGUUAACCCCACCCAGACAAUACUGUAUGGGCUACAUACAAGAGAUGCAUACUGACUAUUAACAAAGUAUUGAAGCUGAACUUUGGACUGUACGAUAGAUCAGUCCAGCCCCAGUUUGAACCUUUGUCCUUACAUUUGGAUAACAUAUUUAGGCCGUUACUAGUUUUUAAGUAGUUUCAAGUGAUCACCGACUGCAUCAUGUACUAGAAGUGUUAAAAAGUAAUCCUUGCCUUUUACUCAAAAUUGAAGGCAAACAAAAAUGAGUUAGGCCUUUCGAUCUUUAUGAUGGGAUUUGAGCACAAGUUAUUUAAACCGUAUCACUCACCACAAAGGUAUUACAGUAAAAACAUUCUUGUAAACAAAAUAUAAGGAUAUGGCAUACCUGUAUUUGGCUGUUCUGUUAUGUUUUCCCUUCAUGCCAGAUGUAUUGACGCUAUGACUCACAUCUGAAUAUGAUCAGAAAUGCAGAGUGUGUUCACAGGCAUGGUUGUGUUAAAAGAAGGCCUGGUCCAUAUAAUUUGGCCAGUUAGCCAAUAUUUACUGUGUAUUAUGGGUGAGAGGGUGCAGAUAAUUGUAGUUCUGUUUUGUUUUUGAGCAGAAUGGGAUGAUAAAUGCCUGUGGUCCUUCAAAUUUAAGAAGGAUAUGACAGCCUGUGAUUAUUACAUUACACUAUGGAGAUGAAGACUGUUUACAAACCUAAUGCUGUCUAAUAUUAAAUACCAACAUUAAUAAAAAAAAGUAAACAAUGUGCGUCUUGGUUUGCAUUGAAUGUAAUAAUUGAAAAUAUUCAUUUGAAUGUGGACUUCAAUUCAGAAAAU